UUUUUUUUUUUGUAAAUUGUAAUAUAUGAAAUUUUUUAGGAAGUGAUAUUCAACAUCGUGGUACACAAUUAUUAGAAAUUUAUGCAUUAGAAAUUCAAAUGCAUACAUCACAAAAAAAUAAUAAAAAACUUAAACAAUUAUAUGAAGCUUCAUUACAUAUUAAAUCAGCUAUUCCACAUCCACUUAUAAUGGGUGUUAUACGAGAAUGUGGAGGUAAAAUGCAUUUACGUGAACAAGAAUAUGAAAAAAGUCAUACAGAUUUUUUUGAAGCAUUUAAAAAUUAUGAUGAAUCAGGUUCACCACGUCGUAUAACAUGUUUAAAAUAUCUUGUUCUUGCUAAUAUGCUUAUGCGUUCAACAAUAAAUCCAUUUGAUUCUCAAGAAGCUAAACCAUAUAAAGAUAAUCCUGAUAUUCAAGCAAUGACAAAUCUUAUUAGUGCUUAUCAAAAUAAUAAUAUAAAAGAAUUUGAAAUUAUUUUAAGUAAAAAUCAUAAAACAAUUAUGAAUGAUCCAUUUAUUCGUGAACAUAUUGAAAUACUUUUACGUUCAAUACGUAUGAAAGUUUUAAUUAAAUUAAUAAAACCAUAUACAAAAAUACGUAUUCAAUUUAUUGCACAAGAAUUAAAUAUUGAUAUUAAUGAAGUUAUUAAUUUAUUAAUAUCAUGUAUACUUGAUCAAACUAUAUUAGGUAAAAUUGAUCAAGUUAAUCAUGUACUUGAACUUGAUCAACAACAAAAUAUUCAAGAUUUACAUCGUUAUCAAGCUAUUUCAAAAGUUACUUUACAAUUACAAACUAUGCAACAAACAAUUCUUCAACAAUUUAAGUGA